UGGGUGUGAAAUUGGCAGCCCGCGUCAAGAAGACCUCUGGCAAGGGAUUCGUCUUGAAAAGAACGGUCAUCAGCCCCCAAAAUCCCGAAUUCGACCCGCCAUGGCCCAAGCCGCGACGAUGGGCCCGCCGCUCUCGCCCAGGGAGCCCCGCCGCUCUGGACGACGUUCCCUACCCGCCGCGUCCACCAGUACCUCCAAAUCGCCGGAAUCUGACCACCCCUCCACACGCCCGAGCCAACCCGCAGCACGGCCCCCGCUCUCCACCCAGUCUAGCAACGGCAGAACCAAGCGCCCUAAGCUCGAGGACACCGACGACACCCUCGACGAUCGCCGGUCCGCCCCAGCAGCCCCCAACGGCUCCAGCACCUCCACCAACGGCAGCAACGGCAGCCGCAGCAAGCGCAAGACGAAGGAUAAGGAGAAGCCACUCGACCCUCCACCCGUCGCCGCCGAUGUCGCGCCCGCCGCCACCGAGGACACACCCAUGGAUCCCCCCGACGGAGACGACCAGGGUGUCACACGUUGUGUCUGUGGGAGCACAGAGGACGACCCCGAUGCGGGAGAGUUCAUGGUUCAAUGUGAGAUAUGCAACGUUUGGCAGCACGGCCUCUGCAUGGGCUUUGAAUCAGAAGAUCAACUCCACGAAUCCGACUAUUUUUGCGAGAAGUGUCGGCCAGACCUGCAUGAGGAGACUCUUAGGAAGUUGAACAACAAACGCAACCGCGGACACAACAACAACAAUAACCAUCAUUUCGCGACCCACAAUUCUCGAACAUCUCGAUCGCGCUCGCCCUCGCUCCUCACCAAGCAGCAGCAUGCGCAGCCAUCUAAGCGCCGAAAUACCAUGAACAGCCGCGACGCUGACUUUGACCACGACCUGGAGGCGAUCAUCCGGGCGUCGGCCGCUGAAGCCGCCGCCCAGGAGAAUGCGCAUGCGAAUGAGGCGCCUGUGCAUUCGGUCGAGCAGGAAGUGGAUGCGGAUGUUGUGGGAAACGCUCGUAAGAAGCGGAGAAGGACGGAUGACGACGCAUUACAACCGAAGAAGCGAACGAGGUCUGCGUCAACUACUUCCGACAUGCCUGUCGCGCCAGCCGCCGUCGUUAGAGACGAGACACCCGUGCCGAGCAAGGGCUCCCUUCCUCCCGUCCCUCCCGCGCCAAAGACGAACGGCCGCCAGAAACGAGGCGCGCGCAAGCCUGCCGUCAACCAGGAGCCUCUAAUCGCCGUCGACGGGGAAGAAGUUCCGACCCCGAGCAUCAAUCAGCGUCGCAAGAAAGGGGGGCAGCAUUCGAGACGACCUGGUGGGCAAAACGCCUCGGCUGCAGGGGACUCGCGUCGGCAGUCAAGCACUGUCAACGGGCAUGGUGGAGGCGAGGGUCGUGCCUAUCGCCAAUCACACGCGUUCGCCGUAUCUCAGCAGCCGCUCUACACGUCCUGGGGUCUUCCGGACUACCUGGCGCACUUGGAGGAGGCACUCCCGACGGUAGCGCCUGUCCCGCUCGAAGUGCGCGCCGGCGGCUCCGGUGCGGGCUCGCGUGGCGGCAGCAUGGAGCGGACGAUCGAGCGUGGCGUGAAGGUCAAGUGGCCGAGCAAACGCAUGUCCGUCACCGACAUGAACAAGCGCGUCCGGUCCCUCGUCGAAUGGGUCAGCCGCGAGCAGGCCAGUGCGGCGGAUCGCCAGCGCCGGCGGGAGUCCCUUGAGAUGGCUCUCAAGGAGGAGAGGCAACGCAGUCAGCCUGCGACCAACGGCAAUGGAGAGGCGGAGCCGAUGGUGGACGGUGCUGCGACCGUUGAUAGUCCGAUGCAAGAGAGGACCCUGGAGGGUGCGCUGCAAGCGCGGGCUGCUGCGCCGGCCGAGUCGUCCAGCUCGGAUACGAUGAAGCAGAUGGAGGAGCUCAUGGAGGAGCUUAUCAAGUUCCAAGAGCGCUAUGGGCCAGGGGCGAAGGCGCGUGAACGUCGCGCGGCGGCUGCAGCGGCGGUGGCAUAGCCGCGGUUGUGUAGCCUGUUCUCCGCUUUCGCCUGCUUCCGUUGUCAGAUUGCUGGCGACGAUAUCCCCUCUGCCUGCAGGACGCAGUAUACAAUAUUGCUGUAUCAUUAUUGCUCACCAUUUUCCCCUUUGACCGAUUAGCUGAUAGGAUACCGAUUUCUUCUUCUCUUUCUUUCUUGAAGAUACAUAUGGCCUGCUGUUCCUACAUAGUGUUAAUGUACUGCUGCUGAUGAGAACGAGGAGGGAAGAAGUGAAUAUAGGAAGCUUACGAUUGCUGAGAAAGCCU